UUCUCGGGCUAUGAUAAUAAUUUUUUGAUUUUAAUCUCGUACUUUAAUACAGGCGAGGAUAAUGAUGCUGACAAAGAUAUUGAUUUUAAAGAGAACGACGAAGACGAGGACGAAGACGAGGACAAGGACGAUGACGACGACGAUGACGAUGAUGACGAUGACAGCGACGAUGAUGAUGAUGAUGACGAUGACGACGAUGACGAUGAUGACAGCGACGACGAUGACGAUGACGAUGAUGAUGAUGACGACGACGACGACGAUGACGAUGAUGACGAUGAUGACGAUGACGAUGAUGACGAGGAUGAAGAGGAUGAUGAUGAUGAGCAGGACGACGACAAGGAUGAGGACGACGACAAGGAUGAGGACGACGACGAUCGAGAAGAGGACGACUAUGCACGUGCUCCUGUUGACCAAGAUACCCAGUUUUCUUAUGACACACCAUACAUUAGUCAUUAUAACGUAGAAACAAAUAUCCAGUAUCGUUUUGCCAAUACCACGCUUGAACAGUACAUGAUAAACGGUGAUCAACAACCACGAGACAUCUCAGCUACAUUCAAUAUUCCUAAAAAUGCUAUGGUUAAUAGUGUUACUGUUCGAACACGUGAUCCCAGCAGCACAGUUGAUAGGCCGAGAUACACCACUAGACAGAUACCUAUAAGAUCUAGACCAAGUCCUAAUCAACCAUCCAGUGCCUACAUUACCAGAGCACCAGGAAGACAGAGCCGUGUAACUGUAAAUCAACGAAUUCCGGCUCGUGAGCGGGCUGUCUUCACCGUAACUUACCAAAAACUUCUGAAAAGAGAAGGCGAUCGUUAUAGCAGCCCUAUUUCUGUCAGUUCAACAUACCCUGUUCGAAGACUCCGUGUGAACAGUCGAAUAACAGAGCCUAGACCAGUAACUAAUUCACAACAGACAAUUCCAACUUCUCCUCAAUUUUCUGGUGGUCGAACAACUACAACAUCGGGGAGAGCAGGAGAUUUAUAUUCUACUGUUAUAAAUUACGAGAAGGAAUACCCAGUAUCACAGUCUAGCAAACCUAACGGGGAGUUCACUCUUGCAUAUUCCCAGGAUAGUCCAAAUCAAGAUGAUCCUGGUGACCUAGUUACUUCAGGAAACUAUUUCGUCCACUACUAUUAUCCUAAGACAUCUCAACCCGCUCCACGAAAUGUCCUGUUUGUUGUGGACAGCAGCCGUCAAAUGGCGAACAAUAACAGACUUCGCCAAUUACAAGAAACCUUACCAAGACUCUUACAAACUCUCGAUCGACAAGACACUUUCAAUGUGAUGUCAUUCUCAGAUACAACCAACUUCCUCAGCUCAAAUCCACUGCCAGCUAGAAAUGUACGGAAUGCUAACAGGUUUAUCAGACGGUUGAGACCUACCGGUGGUGCUAAUCCGUCGGGUGCGAUCGUUCAGGGAUUGAGAUACAUCAAUCGGAAUCCACUUACAGCCAAACGAUCAUAUAUAGUAUUCUUUACAUCCGGUCAACCCGUUGAUGGAGUCGAAGACUAUAGUCCACUACUAGGUGACGUCAAAGCUGUUAACACCGACAAUGUUCCAAUCCAUACUGUCUCUCUCAGUGAUGAUGAUACACUCCCUGAUGAUGACGAUGGUGACGAUGCUGAUAGAUCAUUCCCUAGAGCUUUAUCUGCUAGGAACUACGGUAGAUACACCAGAGUUCGUCCAGGUCCCACUGCACCUGCUGCUAUCACCGAUUUUUACCGAGAUAUAUCAUCCAGAACGGUUUCAGAUGUGGACUUUGAUUACACAGAAAAUGGACGUCAACCCGUUAGGUACGAAACCAGACGACCUUAUUCCAGAAAUUAUUAUCCUGGAAGAGAAAUUGUUGUCACUGGAAGAGUUAAUAACGUCCGAAAUGAUGACCAGUUCUUACAAGGACGAGUGAGAGGAUAUGCUGUUCCCAAACCCAUUGAUACCACCACCCGAUCUAAACCAAGUAAAGACCUUCCACGAGAAACGUUAGAACGUGUAUGGUCGUAUGUAACAGUGGAAGACCUUUUACGACAAUACAGAGCGGCUGCCGAUCCUGUAACAAGAAACGGGCUACGUCAACGAAUUCUAACAACUUCUCGCACCUAUAAUUAUGUAACGCCUUUCACUGCGGCGCUUUCUGAUUCUCCUGACGGUGAUACCAUAGAAAAAGUAACAGUGGCAAAAGUUGACCGUGAAGGAGUAACAACACCUACAACAGAUGACGUUGAUCGUGAAGGAGUAACAACACCUGCAACAGAUGACGUUGAUCGUGAAGGAGUAACAACACCUGCAACAGACGAUGGGGAAUCAAAGCCCAGAUUUAGCAAGACUCAUGAAGACGUGGUCGCGAAACCCGGAACUACUGUCACCUUAUCCUGCAGUAUAGAAUCCCUCGGAGAGCACAAGGUGACUUGGUAUACCUCCAGGUCAACCAUUUUAAGUGCCGGUGAAUUACGUAUAACAGACAACCCUAGAAUCAGUGUCGAGAGACCAAAUAUAAAAGAAUGGAAUCUACGUAUACGAGAUGCAAAACACAGUGACAGUGGUACAUAUCAUUGUAAAAUUAAUACAGUUCCUGUUCAAAUAAAACGUGUCACUUUGUCAGUAUCCGAUGAUCGUGAAGGAGUAACAACACCUGCAACAGACGAUGGCGAUGGUGAACCGGGAAGAACUGGACGGCCUGGCGAGCCAGACGUCUACAUAUCAGGACCAGAAUUUGUCGAGAAGGGAAGUCCCGUAAAGUUGACCUGUACCGCCAUCGGAAUUCAAGAUCCACCUGCAGGUUUGGAAUGGUUCAGUAAUGGACAGAAACUCAGACCCAACGAUCGCACUUCGAUAAAUACGAUAGUGGGUCCAUCAGGUCGGGCUAGAACAAGUACCCUGGUUAUUUCAAGAGCUGAUGUAUCUGAUGCCGGUGAUUACGUUUGUCGUUCGACCGAUAAGCAAGUCACCAUUACUAGAGUUUCGAUUAUAGACAGUGGAGACACAGGAACACGACCAGAUGGUGGCGAACCAGAUAGACCAGAUCGACCAGGUAGACCGGGACGCCCAGAUGAUGAUGAUGAUUAUGAACGACCAGGUAGAACAGAUGACGGAGACCAAGAUAGACGAGGUCGACCAGACAGGCGUAGACCAGGACGUCCAGAUGAUGAUGAUGAUGAUGAUGAACGACCAGGUAGAACAGAUGACGGAGACCAAGACAGACCAGAUCGUCCAGACAGACGUAGACCAGGACGUCCAGAUGAUGAUGAUGAUUAUGAACGACCAGGUAGAACAGAUGACGGAGAAACAGGCAGACCAGGUCGACCAGACAGACGUAGACCAGGACGCACAGAUGACCAAGAACCCGGAUCACGCCCUGACACUGACGAUGACGGAGAACCCGGCAGACCAGUUCGACCAGGCAGGCCAGGCACAGGUAGACCAGUACGUCCAGGUACAGGUAGACCAGUACGUCUAGGAUCUCGAAGAUCGGGUCCUGUCAUCGAUAGUUACAAUGUGGAUUCUAACGUUGAUUAUCGUUUCGCAACAACAACUGUUGUAAAUGAUGUCGUUAACGAAGAUGUCAAACCACAAGAUGUGAUGUUCUCAGUGAGCAUGCCUAGUAAAGCCAUGGUUACAAAUUUCACUGUACAAACAAGUGAGGUUGUUGACGGUGAAAUUAUAUCCAGCAAAUACGUAACAAGACCUCUUCGUUUGGCACCAAGACGACCAUAUAAAGGUUACGGACGUUUUAUUACUAGAACCCAGGGCCAAAACCGUUACUAUGCAAGAGAAUCAGUCCCAGCUGGAAACAGGGUGAGGUUUACACUAACUUAUAGAAACCUUUUACCAAGAACUAAUGGACGUUACAAUAAUCCCAUCUACAUUACUCCAGAACAUCCAGUCAGAAAACUACGUAUUGGUAGCAGAGUUACCGAACCUAGACCUGUUACUUCUUCGGGUUUGUCAUUACCCAACGAUCCUGUCUUUACAGAUGGUACAACCACUAGAGAUGUCGAACAGGACGGAGAUAUACAAUCAAGCAUAGUUAACUAUGAGAGAGAUUUCCAAAUUACACCAGGUUCUCCACCAAUAAAUGGACAGAUUGGUCACACGUAUUCUUUACCAGACACCCCUGAAGGUGGAGAUAUCUUGACAACAGGAGAUUCUUUUGUGCAUUACUUUUCACCAAGUAUCUCUCAGCCUGCCCCUAAAGAUGUCCUCUUCGUUCUUGACGUCAGCGGAUCAAUGGCAGACAACAAUAGACUGAACCAAGUGAGGAGAGCAAUGGGUCCUAUUUUGGAUAGCAUGGGCCCCGAUGAUAAAUAUAACGUGAUGACCUUCUCGGAUCGAACAACCGUACUAAAUCCAGGUCCCUUAGUUUCAACAGACAAAACACCGGACAUGAAGAGACUUCUGAAAGAUGUUCAGCCAACUGGAGACACCGACAUCGCACAAGGUGUAACAGACGGAAUCAACUACUUGAAUCGGUAUUCUGAAAACCCAAAGAAUUCAGUUAUUUUCUUCUUGACUGACGGUCACGAUACAUCCAGGGAGCCCAACAGACGAACAAUUUUGAACAAUAUACGAAAUAGAAAUACCAAUAGGGUUCCAAUCUACACCAUUGCCUUUGGUAAAGGAGCUGACUAUCCUUUCGCCAGAACUUUGGCAGCUGAAAAUAAUGGAAAGUCAACAAGAAUCGACCCUGGUCGAACAGCACCAGCAGCCAUUACCAACUUCUAUAAGACAAUCUCAUCUCGAUCCAUCUCUAACGUGGACUUUGCGUAUCUAGAAAAUGGACGAGAUCCUAUCAAAUACGAUUCAACACGCCAAUAUUCCAGGGACUAUUACCCCGGUAAAGAAAUUGUUGUCAUUGGUAAAGUUCGUAACACACAAGGAGACAGAACUUACGUAGAUGGCGUUGUUAAAGGUACUUCCUCUACAGGUCCAUAUGAGGUGAAAACCAGAUCUUAUCCAAAAAGAAGAACUUCUCGUCCUGAUGUAGACGGAAUUCGCUCGUAUGUCGAAACCGAGAAUCUUCUUAAGCGUUAUGGUCAAGUUCUUGAACCAACAGAGAAACGUCUGGUAACGAAUCAAAUUACGACCGUAUCCAGAAACAAUAACUAUGUAACUCCGUUGACCAUCAUGCUAGAGGAUCCACCAGCAGAUGAUGAUGAUAGAGCUUUAUCUCUAGAUCUGAUCAGAUCUUAUAACUUGCGACCAAGGCCACCCAUUACCACAGAAGAUGAUUCUGGAGAGGACACCAGCCCAAACCGAAUCUCCAGCGAAGGUGGAAGAGAUCCACAUUUUGUUAUUAAAUCACCCAAACUUGAGCAUCCUCUAUGUUUCAAUAUUCCUGGUAAUUCUAUGGAUGUUGUACAGCUGAUUAAAGAUCCUGAAUCAGGACAUCGAAUAAAUAUUCAAAUCCACAAAGAUCCUUCAAGACCUAGGCUGUUCAUCACACAAAUAGGAAUAGUAUGCCACGACUUUACUCUGAAAGUCAAACAUCAUUAUUUGUAUAUCAACGAUAAACUAUUCCACUGGAACGCCACCAAAACCCGAGUGUUCAAGGAUGCGGAAAUUCAGAUGUAUGGAGGGGAUGACCUUGCUGUCAAAUUGAAGGAUGGUCUUAUUGUAUAUAUACAAAAACAUGUAAAUAAUGGUGGCUAUUUCUUAAAUAUUGGUAUUGAAAGAGAAGAACUAUUGUCUAACAAAACAACCGGUGUAUUAGGUAUUUUCUUGAAGCAAGUUACAAGCAAAGCACCCGAACAUUACCGUAAGAGAACCAGACUUAUUUCAACCAAGUUUGAUGGCUACACCUUAAACUCGAAAGCACGGCUUGUGAAAAGAAUACAUCCAUUAACGCAUGAUAAAAUAUUCUGUUGGUCACUGCCCUCUGACGGUGAUAUUAUGAAAGUAGCACAAAUGUUCAAAGUUAAGAAAAUAUUAAGUUAGUUUCAUAUAGAUUUAUAUAUAGUCCUUUAUUGUCUCAGUUUAAAAUUUGUUUUUUUUAUAAAGUAUACUAAAUAUAGUCAAUGGGUAGCAUUAUUACAGAUCGGUAGGGCCAGAGUCAAGCAUAGAGAGUGUCUGGCCUACGGCGGCCAUGGUCACAAUUUUGUUACCAUGUUUAACAGAUCGACAUUAUAAAACAUUAAAAAUAAGAUGAUGAGUGUUAGUGAAAACGAAAAGAAUGGUAGUUCUGGUACUCCCAGUGGUAAUUACAAAUUUAAAUUAUCUUCCCUUGAUCAUUUCGUUGGCCACGUAGGUUGUUUCUACGAACCAAUCAAAAACAGAUUACAUAUCAGUCUUAGCGGCGUCAUUGUUUAUGUUCGCCACGAUACAGCAGCUUGUGCGUUCCAUUAUGAGAAAGUUUGAAAGAAAUUUAAUAUCAAAAGAGUUACAUGCAUACAAAAAGAGCUUAGUUUUAAUAAAAUGCGAGUUACUUCCCUUUGCCCACUCGCUUUCCAUUUAUGGAAUUACAUGUAUUUGAUAUGUCGAUAAAAACAGCACAAUUAUCAAAGGUGGUAAUUUGACUCUGUCCCAUCGUGGAUGUACCUAGGUAUUAGUGGAGUAGAAAGGAACCAUAUCACCUGGGAUACCGAGGAUGAGACGUAGUGACACCGGGACGGGAAUAAUUUAAGAAUUUGUAAUUGCGUAGCACUAAGCAUGGACAAGAGGCCAUUUUGUUACUGUAUGACAACAUAAGACAAUAGUUGACCAGACACUCUCUCUGUACGUGGCUCUGGGUUGGGCUAUUUGAAAUGGUACAGAGUUGUAUAUAGUUUUAUGAAUGAAUAGCUUUGACAAUAUACAUCAUAUACACUAGAAUAUCUUAGGUCAAAGUUUAUGUAACAAUGUAUAUACUGUAAAGAUCUUUUAAUAAAACCAAAUGAUAUAUUAUA